AUGGCCAUCCGCGCUCUUAUAUCACCUUCGCCUCCAAGCCCAGAACCAGGCACAAUCCUUCUUGAGACCGAGAGGCUCCUCAUCCGCCGCUACAUGCUGAGCGACGCUCCUGCCCUGGCGGAGAUCGGUAACGACCCGCAAGUGGCCAUCUUUAUGAGCGACAGAUUCCCCAACCCAUACUCAGUCGAGGAUGCGGAAACCUUCAUCAAGAACCUGAACCCCCAGCACGAUCCGACCUCGCCGCCAGAGUACCCCACCACGUCUGCCGUGUUGCUAAAGGUUGCCCCCACAGAUGGCCACCACCACACGCCGGCGGGCGACGGGCUCGUCCUCAUCGGCUCCCUGGGCGUGCGGCCCAGGGCCGACGUCUUCUACCGCAGCUGGGAGAUUGGCUACUUCCUCGGCCGGGACUUCUGGGGUAAAGGGUACGCCACCGAGGCGGUGUCGGCGUGGGCGCGGUGGAUGUUCGCGACGUGGCCUGAACUGCUGAGGAUCGAGGGCGGGCGGUACAGCUCCAACCCCAGGAGCGGUCGGGUCAUGGAGAAGAGCGGGUUUGUGUUUGAGGGGAUCAAGAGGAGUGCCGUUGUGAAGGAUGGGGUGGUGCUGGAUGAGUUGGUGUAUGGGUUGCUGCGGAGCGAUGUUGAGAAGGAGUCGACUUGA